AUGUCCUACGCAGAAACUAUAGACCAAGCCGUUACCAACUGCAAACAGCAGACGAUAUUGAUGCAACGAUGUCUAGUGCAGGACAAGCUUAUGGACGCAUUGAAACACGCUUCGGUCAUGCUGACAGAGCUACGAAGCCCAUUGUUAUCGCCAAAGCAGUACUACGAGCUAUACAUCUCGAUCUACGACUCUUUGAGUAUUUUGUCAACGUAUUUCGUCGAAAGUCAUACAAAAAGGCAUCAUUUGGCUGACCUGUACGAACUGGUGCAAUAUGCAGGAAACAUUCUGCCCCGCUUGUACCUCAUGAUAACUGUGGGAAGCGCGUAUUUGCAAUCCGCCGACGCUCCACGCGAAGAAAUCUUCAAAGAUAUGAUCGAGAUGUGUAAAGGCGUUCAAAACCCGAUCCGGGGCCUUUUUCUGCGCUACUAUCUGUCACAGCGAACUAAGCAGUUUUUCCAAGCAGACGACAGCGAAGCCAAAAAGGCGAAUGUCAAUUUCAUCAUCACAAAUUUCAUCGAAAUGAAUAAACUGUGGGUGCGUUUGCAACACCAGGGUCCUCUACGUGAACGCGAGCAACGUACCCGUGAAAGAAAAGAGCUCAAGGUUUUGAUUGGCGCCAACUUGGUCAGACUGUCUCAGAUUGUCGAAAUGGAUUUCGAGCUAUACCGUACAGAAAUACUUCCGCUAAUUCUCGAUCAAGUCGUGCAAUGCAGAGACGUAGUGUCCCAAGAGUACUUAUUGGAUGUGGUCUGCCAAGUUUUUCCAGAUGAAUUCCAUCUGGGUACACUGUCGGAUCUUCUCACCACGAUCUUGAAACUUAACCCUGCAGUACCCAUAAACAAGGUCGUUUUGACAUUAGUGGAAAGGUUAAACGGAUUUGUUGAGCGGAAUACCGAUGUGGAAGACCUAACUCGGGGACUGGCUUUCAUGAGUGUUGAAGAAGGCGACAAGAAUCUUUUCUUCAUAUUCUGGAAAUUCCUUAGUCAAAUGAGUGAGGAGCGACCAGAUUUGUCGUUGCAAGAGCUCGCCCCUGUCAUUCGAGGAAUUUUGAAGCUAACGCUUCGCUGGUACCCGGAUAAUAUCAGCAAUGUUGAUGUACUGUUCAAGUUCAUGCAUGAGAAAUGCAAAGAUUACGGGAAAGCUGCUUCAGAAGAACUUGACUCUCUUUUCCACGACCUGUUGCUGGCUUCAGAAAUCAAAUCGGACACCGCAUUUUUCAUGAAGCUAUUAACGGAAUGCGAUGCCUACGAAGGACUUCUUUCUGCGCAGAAUUUAAGGCUCCAAAAAGAUUGUGCCAACGAGAUUCUGGAUACAUUGACGUACGCUGAGUGGCGGAUAACUUCAAAAGCCGAGCUUGAGAAAAUUCUUCAGGUCUGCGGCUCACUAUUUAAGUCGACUACAGAAAAAGCAAGCUCUUCGCUGAUGUUGGAUGAAGAAAGCGAACUGGACUCUGGGAACUGGACUUUCGCCCCAGAUCAAGAGAAACUAGCGCAACUUACGCAUUUAUGCUAUAACAAGUCCAUUGAUUCGCAUUCGGAAUUGUUGCUGACGUGCAGGAACUGGUUCCAGCAGAGUGGGAAGAAUAUCAUUUACCAUUCGCCGGCCAUAUUAGCCAACUACUGGAAAUUAAUUAGAAGGUGUCAACUGAGAUCCAAGAAGAAACCAGAGACUCGCGAAAAGCUUCACGUUACGAUGAAACAGCUUUUUAAGCAUGCAUCCCGGAUUAUUAACGAUCUCUAUAACGCGUGUGGUGCGGGCUGUUUUGACUUGCUGUACAAACUGAAUGUCCAGACAGCGUCGCUGGCGGAUCAAUGUGAGUUGAGCGACAUUGCUUAUGACUUCUUUUCGCAAGCUUUCACUAUUUUCGAAGAAUCUUUGAGCGAUUCACGUAUUCAAUUUCAAGCCAUUGUGAAUAUGGCGCAAACGCUACAAAAGACAAGAAAUUUACACACUGAGUCCUACUACGAGACCCUGAUAACACGAUGCACGCUACAUGGGUCAAAGCUGCUCAAGAAGCAAGAUCAGUGCCGUGCCGUAUACACUUGCUCACAUUUGUGGUGGGCCACUGAAAUCUCGCCGCUGGGAGAAGAGGAAGGUGUUACAGAGAGUUUUUUCCGCGAGGGCAAGCGGGUCUUGGAGUGUCUCCAGCGCUCUCUCAGAGUUGCUGACUCUGUGAUGGACAACGUACAGAGUUGCGAGCUUAUGGUUGAGAUUCUCGACAGAUGUUGUUACUACUACAUCCACGGCGACGAGACCUCCACUCACGUAGGAGUGAAAUACAUCAACGGAUUAAUUGAGUUGAUAAGAACAAAUCUCGAUUCUUCAGCACUCGAGAUAAACCCCAUCCUCGGAGAUGGAUCAAAAAACACCAGCGAUUUCACUUACAUCGGUAUCGAUGGCUCUUACAUUUACCGUAAUCCUGCAAGCAGUGUGGCGACCGUUUACAACAAGGCCACUCCUUCCAAAGCUGUACAUCUUGAAUCCAUACCGGUUGAACAUUUCAAUCGAACAUUACAGUACAUCAGAGACCAGAAAGACGUUGAUGAUCGAUUCAAGGCGAUUAAUGUAUAA